AUGCAAUGUGGUGAACUCAGGCCCACUCAGGGAGGGGCAGGUGAGGAGGAGCUGCAGGUGAUUCAGCCUCAGGAGUCAGUGUCUGUCGCAGCCGGAGAGACGGCCACUCUGAGAUGCACCGCAACCUCCAUAUACCCCGUGGGGCCUUUCCAGUGGUUCAGAGGGACAGGGCCAGGCCGGGAGUUAAUCUACAAUUUCAGAGACAGCAGCCGCUUCCCCCGAGUAACAACGGUUGCAGAUUCCACGCAGAGAGACAACCUGGACUUUUCCAUCCGCAUCAGUAACAUCACCCCAGCAGAUGCGGGGACCUACUACUGUGUGAAGUUCCGGAGAGGAGCCAAUGACACGGAACUCAAGUCUGGAGGCGGCACCCAGCUCACCGUGAGUGCCAAACCCUCUCCCCCCGAGGUAUCGGGCCCCACGGGGAGGUCCACACCUGGGCAGACGGUGAACUUCACCUGCAAGUCCCACGGCUUCUCCCCCAGAAACAUCAUCCUGAAAUGGUUCAAAGAUGGGAAUGAGCUCCGAGCCUCCCAGACCACCGUGGACCCAAAGGGAGACAGCCCUUCCUACAGCAUCUCCAGCACAGCCACGGUGGUGCUGGCCCCGGGGGAUGUUCGCUCCCAGGUCAUCUGCCAGGUGGCCCACGACACCCUAAAGGGAGACACUCUUCUUCGUGGGACUGCCAACUUGUCUGAGAUCAUCCGAGUUCCGCCCACCGUGGAGGUUACCCAACAACACACAGUGUCAAAGAACCAGGUGAACGUCACCUGCCAGGUGAAGAACUUCUACCCCCAGCGCCUACAGCUGACCUGGUUGGAGAAUGGAAACACGUCCCGAACAGAAACGGCCUCGACCCGCAUAGCGAACAAGGAUGGGACCUUCAACUGGAGGAGCUGGAUCCCGGUGAACUUAUCUGCCCGCAGGGAGGACGUGACGCUCACCUGUCUGGUGGAGCACGAUGGGCAGCCAGCAGUCACCAAAAACCUCACCCUGAAGGCCUCUGCUCCUGAGAAGAACCAGAGCACAGAGGGAUCCUCUGGUGAGGCCUCCACUCCAACUGACCCAGCUCCAUUUAAAUUACGACAACUCUGGCAGCCUGCUGGCGGGGUGAAUGCGGAUGAAGAACCUCUUUACCCUGGUUUCUGCCCCAAGUGCGAGCCCACAGGAAGCUUCGGAGCUUCAGAGGGCCCGGUACUAUCCAUUCAACUCCUCGCAGCUGUCCUCCUAAGCUUCAAGGUGCUGCUGGCGGUUGGUGCCUCUGCCAUCUACGUCCACAGGAAGCGGACGGCCUGA